ACAGCCGCUGAGAUGGGCCUCUGUCUGCCAUGCCCCAGGGCCCGACUGACCGCAGCGGUGAACCCAGGGUGCCCCUGGAGCUGGCAGCCGGACGGCUGAUGCAUGCAAAGCGGGCAUCUCCUUGCCCAACCGCCUGACCACCCUGGCGCGGCUGAAUCUGAAAGCUAAUGACAUUAUUGUGCAGAGACACAAUGUCUAUGGGCAUUUGCUGACCCGGGCUUUGGUGCGAGCUUAAUCCAGCAUUCUCACCCUGCUUUUCGUAGGGACGCAGCUGUCACCCGUCUUGGCACCGGCACUCCUGGGGAAGGUAUAAAUGCCACCUCCCGCGGACCGGGCUUCACGGGCACUCGCGGGGGCUGGUGUCACUGGUCACUCCUGCACGGGACUGUCCACCAUGGCCUCAGACCACCAGACCCAGGCGGGCAAGCCUCAGACCCUCAACCCCAAGAUCAUCAUCUUUGAGCAGGAGAACUUCCAGGGCCACUCCCACGAGCUCAAUGGGCCCUGCCCCAACCUGAAGGAGACUGGCGUGGAGAAGGCGGGCUCUGUCCUGGUGCAGUCUGGACCCUGGGUGGGCUAUGAGCAAGCCAACUGCAAGGGCGAGCAGUUUGUGUUUGAGAAGGGCGAGUACCCCCGUUGGGACUCGUGGACCAGCAGCCGGAGGACGGACUCCCUCAGCUCCCUGAGGCCCAUCAAAGUGGACAGCCAAGAGCACAAGAUCAUCCUCUACGAAAACCCCAACUUCACGGGAAAGAAGAUGGAAAUCAUAGACGACGACGUGCCCAGUUUCCACGCCCACGGCUACCAGGAGAAGGUGUCGUCCGUGCGGGUGCAGAGCGGCACGUGGGUGGGCUACCAGUACCCCGGCUACCGCGGGCUGCAGUACCUGCUGGAGAAGGGAGACUACAAGGACAGCAGCGACUUUGGGGCCCCCCACCCCCAAGUGCAGUCCGUGCGCCGCAUCCGCGACAUGCAGUGGCACCAGCGAGGCGCCUUCCACCCCUCCAACUAGCGCCCCUCCCCGCCCCUCCCGCCCAGGAGCCAGGCCUGCUGCCCGGGCCCCCUCCAGAGUGAAUAAAGUGUGACUUGCAACU